AUGAAUGCUGCGCUUUACUUCGACAACGCGAACGGGUUCGGAGAGUGGCGAAUCCUCAUAUCUACGGAGGUCUACAAACAUUUGCGUGAAUUCCGUAGAGCAGAUCAGAAGACAUUCAAGAUCAUCUUCAAGAAGAUCAAACAACUAUCGAAUGGCGAUUUCUCAGAUGAUAAUCACAAGCGAAUUAACAGGCCGGAUGCAGGCAUAGCCAUCUACGACGCCAAGGUGACAAAGGACUUACGAUUAGUAUACCAGAUUGAUUGUAUCCCUGACCAGGAUGGAAACGUAAGCCUAAUCCAGGUAUAUGGCAUUUAUACGCAUGUACAGUUUGGCAGAAUAUGGGAUGCCUUGGGUAGCCAUCUCGCACGCAAGGGCAGAGAAUAUCGUAAAAGGUGCACCUUACCAGUCCUGCCUAAAGACAGCGCGAUUCUGCCUGCGUCAUUCCCACCAGCUGAACCUGAGCCAGAAUGCUCAGAAAGCCCACUUGAUCUUAGUGAUAAAGACAUGGUUGAGUAUUUUCAGAUGUCGUUUGUGCGGUCAUUGACCCAUGACAUAGUUUCACCCUUUGCUUGUCUCAUCGCAAACCGAGACGUAGAGCACGUCUUUAAGCUCACACCUCAAGAACAAAAGAUUGUCGAGUGCACCACAUCAUAUUACGUCUUGGGUCGCAGCGGCACAGGGCAAGCAAAAACCACGACGAUGUUGUUCAAGAUUCUCGGCAUUCAGCGAGCUUGGGAAAUGAGCGCCGUCGCCAUGCCGAAGCCACGCCAAAUCUUCGUCACCAAAUCCAGAGUGCUCGCUACGAGAGCGGAAGCGUAUUUCACGAAGCUUGUCGAAUCUCUGGCGUUAGCAGGCUAUACCCUGGAGGAACUUGCAAAAAUGAAGGCACGAAGUGUUCAGGAGGGCCUUGUUGAUCUCGAUGACCUGCCCGAAUCACAGAUGAGUAUACCCAUGAAAUACAGCGAACUUGAGGACAAGCAUUUUCCGCUUUUUGUAACUUUUGAUCGACUGGCAAAAAUGACUGCAACAGAUAUCUUGGACAAGAAAGAUAGCGCAGGACUUUUCUUCAAUGUGGACGAUGCCGAGGCGCAAGACCGUUUCGUCACCUAUGACGUAUUCGCAAAUCAAUACUGGCCUCAUUUUCCACAGAAUCUCACUAAGAAUCUUAAUCCGUGGUUGGUUUUCAGCGAAUUCAUGGGGAUUGUCAAAGGCUCCGAAGACGCACUGAAUUGUCAAGGAGUUCUCGAUCGCCCAAACUACAUCCGUCUUCCUCAUCGUUCUUACCCAAAUUUUGCAAAUCAAAGGGAAAUUCUGUAUGACAUCUUCGAGUAUUAUACGAAAAUUAAGAGGCAGCGAUGUCAUCAUGAUGUUGCAGACCGUGCACAUGCGAUACUCAAGGUCUUGCGGAGCCAGAGGUUCCCUGGCCAACAUAUUGAUUAUAUGUAUGUCGACGACGUACAAGACAUCCUUCUAAUCGAUGCACUCUUUUUGAGGCAAUUAUGCGGGAAUCCGGACGGUUUGUUCUGGGCUGGUGACACCGCACAGACAAUCUCUGCAGGAAGUUCCUUCAGGUUCAAUUAUCUGAAAGCGUUUCUCUACCGCAUGGAGCAGCAAAAUACCUCGAUCAAUUCCAUUGGAGCAUGUCUUCAUCAACCUACGAUGUUUCAAUUGACCAUCAACUACAGAUCACAUGGUGGCAUUGUCAACUGCGCGAAUUCUGUGAUCGAACUGAUCACAAAAUUUUGGCCCAACACAAUCGACGGUUUUCGGCAAGAAAAAGAGGUGGCUGGUGGGCUCAAGCCUGUAUUUUUUACUGGUUGGGACGAAGAUGCCCUUCGUUAUGAACAGUUCUUCUUUGGGGCGAGCGGUAGUCACGUUGAGUUCGGAGCCCAGCAAUGCAUUCUCGUGCGUGACGAUGCGGCACGUCAGAAGUUACGAGACCAAGUUGGUCAAAUUGGACUAAUUAUGACGCUUUAUGAGAGCAAAGGCCUGGAAUUCAAUGAUGUGCUGCUGUACAACUUUUUCGAGGAUUCUGCUGUAGAUCUGUCGCGAUGGCGCAUAGUUCUCAAUGGGGUAGACGGUCAAAGAUAUGCACCGAACUUUGAACGAGACGAGGCGCGAUACGCUGGGGUUUGUAGCGAGCUCACACUUCUUUAUGUGGGGAUCACUCGAGCAAGGAAGAACAUAUGGAUCGUCGACAAAUCUGAUAAAUCAGCGCCGAUGCGUAUAUUCUGGACGUCUCGCGACCAGAUCUAUAAUUGUAUCCCCGGCACCGAUGUCCCUCAUCUAGCCGUCUCCUCGACUCCAGAAGAAUGGGCAUCCUUCGGGCGUUCACUAUUCUCGCACAAGCGCUACUCGCAGGCUAUCCACUGCUUCGAACGUGCUAACCUUCAUCGUGAAGUGAAGGUCUGUGAAGCAUAUCAACUCCGAGAAGUCGCACGUUCUAGUGUCGGAGCGGCCUUACUCAGUGACCAAACAAGAGCUUUUAACGUGGCUGCCGAUGCCUUUGCUGAUUGUGGGGCGACCGCGACAGGAAAUCAGAAGCUUCAAUACUAUCGUAACUCGGCGGAUUGCUACGUUCGAGCAGGAGAUGAUCUUAAAGCUGCCGAGGCCUAUUUCAAUACUCAAGAGUUCGAGCAAGCAGCGAAAACAUAUCGCAAGGCUGGACGGUUUGACAAGACCAUCCAUGUCCUUCAUGACCAUGGCACGGAUAUACCUGAAGAGACCAAGGCGGAGUUGUACACUGUGUGCAGACUAUUUUACUGCAGCAGGAACAACACUCAGACUCCCUUGCCACUCUUCUCCACGUUUGAUGAACAACUCGAAUUUCUGGAGGACUAUGAUCUUGAUUACGCUCGUGCAUCACUACUUGAAUCUCACUCGAUGUACUAUGAGGCCGCAGAGCUUCACUUGUCAGAGAACAGGCCCUUGCAAGCUGUCCGGGCAUUCAUCAAGGACGAAAGCAACGUCGAUUCUACUAUUCGUGCGGCCGAAACUAUAUUGGAAUACUUCUGGCGCAAAUGCUCCUUCAAAAUCACGGCAAAAUCCACGAACAAACUAACGCUGGCCACGCGUGAUUUAGUACGUAUUAGCAGUCUCAAAGUGACCACUGGACUGAUCGACAUCCAGAUAUCGAUGUUUCAAAACAUCUUGCGCGGAAAUCAUGAGCCGUUGAGAAAUCUUGCGCUUAACUUCGAUAAACAGGAUAACAAGCCAGCAGCUCUUCUUUGCCUGGACCAUAUAUUCUCUCGAACCACAGAUAUUCGAGCUUUCACGGUCGAUGAAAUGCAACGGUUCCUUCAACAAUUUCACGCCUAUGCGCGAUUGCUCUAUCUUAUUUUGACCUUCCCUGACCCUAUGGAGCAUAGCGGUAUUCAGAGACUAUUCUCCAUCGUGCGGUUGUCCGGUGAUGAGUUUCUCAUACCAGAUGGAACGUUCCUCCACAACAACUUAAUGGAAGACCGCCAGGGGAUCACUUGGGUAUCGGAACAUUCAUCCGGGUACACAGCUUCUCGUAGAGUCGUCACCCAGCUGCUACAACAAUCCAUUCGAACGAUCUUGAAAGACAAAAUAUCGGAGAUCGAUGAUAUGUGCUGCAAAUCUCCCGUCUUCUCGCAAUGCCUGGAAUUCUUGAUAUCUGGAGUAUGUCGAAGAGAUAUCUGUCCCCAAGAGCAUGUUGCAGUAUCGAAAUUAGAUCGCCAGUGUUACAACAACCGUGUUGCUAUCCACAUCUGGCAGAUCCUGAUCUUGCAAUUCAUGUAUUCCGCUCACCCAUACAUUGAGCGACGCAAAAGCAUGAGGCACUGGCUCAAGCAUCUUUAUGAGGCCAUCAAUCCACCCUUAUUCAUUCAAGGUUCCCCUGCGGACCUUGACAUGAACCUGAUGCCUCUUCGUCUGGAUGGCAUGAAAGUAGUGAAGCUCUGGAUCCGCGAAUCCUUCUACUCGCUCGACCCAUUCCAUACCCAGGCUGAAUUUUUGACGGUGUUGAUGGGAAUAACCAGUCUUAGUUUUGCUUUUGACAGGAACGACGCACCCGUCUACAUCUCUCGAGCAAAGUGUACGAUCUCCGGACCAUUGGAACUCUUUCGCAAGGGGGACAAUCGUUAUAUGGUUCAUGACCUGCUCAAUUCUUACCAAGGAGCUACCCGCAGCAGCAUCUCAUCGGGGAUUCUGUAUAUUCUACAUGUCCUCGAUAAUCGUUUACAUGUCAACCUCUCGGUGUUGUGCGACUGUAUCGAGGACAUCUGCAGCGCUUUUGUAAUCAACUAUCGAAUGGACCCAGACUUCAAUGAGUUUCCUCUUCAUAACGUUGUCCUUCCAUGUAACUGGCUGCUGUUUCCCCACAAAUUCACUGCGGAGAAAGACACUAAGCUGUUUUUGAUGGGCAAGCUUCUGGAUGAAAUAGCUAGACUAGUUGAAGCAUUGCGCGUAGAAACCAGGUCCUCUGCCUUCGUACGUCUACUAUUUCUUUUCAAAUGCUCAUUCGCUGCUGAAUUGAAUUCAUUAGUUGCUUAUAACUUCAGGAAUCGCUUCGUGAGAGACAAAGUAGACAAGAUCAUUCUUUCUCUGCACAACAACAACCCUCCUUCGAACUGGCAUCUAGCUAACUAUCGGAAACUCGUGGAUGUCGUGGUCAGGUACAUGACACCCUUGCGAGAACAGGCGCCACCCUCAGACGUUUACUUGCGAGCUCUCCUGGCUUUGGACGACAACAAAGGAGUGAGCAACCUGGUGCAUCUUGUCUACAAAACGAUGAACCAGUGUACCCGAGUCUAUAUAGUCCGACGGCUCGUAUACGAGAAGAUCAUCGAGAUCCCCCAUCUCCUUUCAUCAUACGCAGUGACCGCACAGUCUACUCUGAAAGUAGUGGCCCCUGCCUUUGUACCUCGUUUAGAACAUUCCAAGGACCCACCAGAGGUUAUCCAGCACGAUGAAAAAGAAAUAGUGGAAUUGCAACCUCAAGAGUUCGAAGAAGAAGAAGAAAUGGAGGAAGAUGUCACGGCGAACGCUGAUACCGAGGCCCGUGAUGCGGUGAUGUUGCUUGCACAUGAUCUUAGCGAGUUGCUACGCACCAACGGACCAUUGGUGGAGGAGGAAGAGGCGGCUUGCACAAUUCAGAAAGCAUACCGUCGUUACAUCAGACGCCGCUCGAGUCAUGCAGUUAACGCCGAAAUUGAUGCGAUGUUCAUGACAUGCCUGAAGGAGACGCAGUCCUCUGAAUGGCGUUCGGGUUAUUACACCUUCCUUUUCCUUGGACCAUUGCCUCACCUCCUGGUGUGCUUGGAACGAAGCAUUACUCUGACUCGCGCGGCCAUGGCGAAGACGAAAAGCCUUUUCAACAAGGAGCCUUAUGAAAAACUUGAGGAGUUGGGCAAGCAGAGAAGCGAGCUAGUAGCGCUUCUCAGGCAGGGAUUGAGAUUACGCAGACAACUGGAACCUUCCUCACCCGCUCAUCGUGACCGUGACAUUGACGCACUCAGAUCUAGAGUUUCAGAGGUCGAUGAAUUCAUGCAGGGGGUUCCCGGCAACAUGAAAGAUAUGCAAUCCGACUUUCAAAUAGCCUAUAAGGGCAUUAUUGCAAAGAAUGUUCAUGUGGGAAGGAGAAAUAGAUACCUGCUCCCAAUGUCGAGGAUAUGA